AUGACCUCUAUGGAAAACACUGAAGCAAGUGUAAGAUCCCUUAAUGAUAUAAAUCUUGAAGAACUAGCUCAAAGACAACAACAACAAAAUAUAUAUGUCAAUAAUCCUCCCAUACUUGAAAAUCAAACUAACCAACAACAACAACAACAAUCAUUUUCAUCUUCAUCACUUACCAAUAACAAUAAGAAACUCUCAAAACAUCUAAAUCGAGAUACAACCACUAAAGGUAAAUAUACUUUAAAUGAUUUUCAAAUCUUAAGAACUCUAGGUACAGGUUCAUUCGGUAGAGUUCAUUUAACUAGAUCAAUCCAUAAUGGUAGAUUCUAUGCCAUGAAAACUUUGAAAAAGGAAAGAGUGGUUAAUAUGAAACAAGUUGAACAUACUAAUGAUGAAAGAAGAAUGUUAAAAUUAGCUCAACAUCCAUUUAUUAUAAGAAUGUGGGGCACAUUUCAAGAUUGUCAUAAUUUAUUUAUGAUAAUGGAUUAUAUAGAAGGUGGUGAAUUAUUCUCCCUUUUAAGAAAAUCUCAAAGAUUCCCAACUCCAGUAGCUAAAUUUUAUGCUGCAGAAGUAUUCUUAGCUAUUGAAUAUUUACAUAAUUUAGAUAUAAUUUAUCGAGAUUUAAAACCUGAAAAUAUCUUAUUAGAUAAAAAUGGUCAUAUUAAAUUAACUGAUUUUGGAUUUGCUAAAGAAGUUAGUGAUGUUACUUAUACUUUAUGUGGUACUCCAGAUUAUAUUGCUCCUGAAGUAGUAACAACAAAACCUUAUAAUAAAUCAGUUGAUUGGUGGUCAUUUGGAAUUCUUAUUUUUGAAAUGUUAACAGGUUAUACUCCAUUUUAUGAUCCAACUCCUAUGAAAACUUAUGAAAAUAUUUUAAAUGGUACUAUAACAUUUCCUGAUUAUUUACCUCCUGAUAUACUUGAUUUAUUACAAAAAUUAAUUGUUAAAGAUUUAACUCAAAGAUUAGGUAAUUUACAAGGUGGUUCAGAUGAUGUUAAAAAUCAUGCUUGGUUUAAAGAAGUUAUUUGGGAAAGAUUAUUAUCAAGAGAUAUUGAAACUCCUUAUGAACCUCCUAUAACUUCUGGGGUAGGUGAUACUUCUCAAUUUGAUAGUUAUCCUGAAGAUAAAGAUCUUGAUUAUGGUAUUUCUGAUGUUAAUGAUCCUUAUCGAAAUUUAUUUAAUGAUUUUUAAUAAUAAAAAAUUCUUGUAUAGUAAUAGUUUUUCUUUCCAUUUUUUUAUUUUACAUUCAUUCUUUCUUUUCUCUUCUUGCUUG